AAUUCGAUUGUUUGAAAAAGCUAUUCAGCACAGGAAAACUUUUUUGCAUGUGUGCAUUGAUGCUGUUUUGGUCGGAUGAAUAUUUUUGGCGGUGUAUUCAAAAUGGCGGAAAUCACAUGUUGACACUUGUUUGUGUAUUCGAUUAACUUCAACAUCUUUAAAUCUUCAAUAAUAUUUAAUAAAAUAAACUUUUUCAAGUAUGAACUUUUCUGAACUGUUCCGUCAAACAAGUCAGCUCUGCAAAUUCUCUCCUGAUGGAAAAUAUUUGGCUGCAGUUGUAGAAUUUCGUCUAAUUGUCAGAGAUGUAGAUACAUUCCAAAUACAGAAUCUAUACAGUUGCCUUGAUACCAUACAAUGCAUAGAGUGGUCCUCAGAUUCUCAGUUUGUUCUGUGUGGUUUAUACAAGAGAGGUGUAGUUCAGGUAUGGUCAAUAGAACAGCCUGAUUGGAACUGUAAAAUAGAUGAAGGUUCUGCAGGGCUAUGUGGUGUCCAUUGGAGUCCUGAUGGCAGACACAUUCUGACUACAGCUGAUUUUAAUUUAAGAGUGACAGUAUGGUCCUUGAUAACCAAGUCAGUAUCCUACAUAAGGUACCCGAAACAGUGUCAAAAAGCGAUUGAUUUUAGCAGUGAAGGAAAGUACAUGGCAUUGGCCGAGAGACGGGAUUGCAAAGAUUUUGUCAGCAUUUUUGCCUGUAGUAACUGGGAGCUUGUCAAACAUUUUCAAACAGACACAGAUGAUUUAGCAGGAAUUGAAUGGUCACCUGAUGGAAGAGUACUUGGAGUCUGGGAGUCACCCUUGUGUUACAAGAUAUUGGUGUAUUCAGUAGAUGGAAGAUGUGUAUCAAAGUACAGUGCCUAUGAGAAUGCUCUUGGUGUGAAAAGUAUAGCCUGGUCUCCUACUAGCCAAUUCUUAGCCAUAGGGAGCUAUGAUGAAAAGGUGAGAAUUUUGAACCACAUCACAUGGAAGACAGUAGCAGAACAUAGUCACCCAGCAAUACUGGACUGUAGUAAUGUGGUUGUAUAUAAAGAAGUAGAAACCCGUGCUCCCCUGCCCCCAGGAGAUAAUAUUGAUGCCCCUACAGCAACACUCUUCACUCCACAGAGCAAAUUUGAAGUACAGCAAGGUGACAUAAAACUACCCAUUACCAAACCAGAUAUAAACAAGGCUAAUCCAAAAAUAGGAGUUGGGAUGGUGGCCUUUAGUUGUGAUUGUAAAUACAUGUACACUAGGAAUGAUAAUAUGCCAGGCACUUUAUGGAUAUGGGAUAUCAGAAGAUUAGCCCUUUGUACAGUAAUGAUUCUUAAUUCACCAAUCAAAUCUAUUAAAUGGGACCCUCAUCAAGCACGUCUUGCGGUAGCUACUGGAACAAGCAAGUUAUAUAUGUGGUCUCCUGCAGGAAGUUUGUCAGUGGAGGUACCAGUUGAAGGUUCGUUCAAUGUUCAGGGUUUAUUAUGGCAUACAGAAGGUAAUACCAUUCUACUGAUGAGUAAGGAUCAGAUGUGUGUAUGUUAUCUUACUGACAACACGACAGAGACAGCAGCAUAGAACAUGGGGAUGAUAUCAUACAAUAGAGACAGGCAUCAGAUGAUAGAGAUACAUUGUGUAUAGAUGAUGGAUUGGGUUUAGAAGUUAUAAUUUAUAAAUGUAACAUUAAGAAAGAAGUAAUAUCAAACUUGCAGUUUGUGUCUGUUGUAUUGAAAAAUAAGUUUUUUAUAAUAUUGCAGACUUUUUGUUUGGUAGAUUUGGAUUUUUGUUAGGUAUGAGAAUUCCUCUUUGAUAUAUGGAUACAAAGUGAAAAAUAACAGCAAACUUAAAUGAGGGUUUAGAAAAAUAAAAGAGAGACAUAAUUUGACCUAAACAAUCAUAGAAAUUUGUGUAAAAAUUUCUGACAAUCUUGCAUUUUGGGGGGAUAUUUUUAAGCGGAAAAGAACUGUCAUGAAAGGAUAGAUAAUGAAAAAUGAUUAAUUAAUGAUUAAAAUUUGAGAUUGUUUGAUUUCCAUGUUAUUUAUGACUGAGUAAAUUAAACUUAAAAGAAUAGAAGUCAUGAAAUUGUCGUGAUAAUACCCAGAUUAAACUAUAGCAUAGUGCUUUAUUUGAAUAUCAAAUUUGUCGUAACAUUCCAUUUUGAAAAAAAAAUCCGUCCUAGAAAAAAAUGAAACUAUUUGUAUAGUGCUAUUAUUUACAAUGAAAUCUAUUAAUAUAUAAAAAAGAAGAUGUGGUAUUAUUGCCAAUGAGACAACUAUCCACAAAAGACCUAUUAAGUCUAGAUAUCAUAUAAGUAAGACUUUGCUUGGGUAUUUUUUAUUAUGGCUAGUUGGAAAAGAAGUUUUGUGAAAAUGCAUUGUAAGCAACAUGAUAUUUUAAUUGGAACAUGCUGAAUUCUUUCUCUUUCUCUCUUAACUGGACAAAAAAAAAAUUAAAAAAAAAGGUUUGAAUCAGAUUUUUUAUUCAAAUCUCUUGGCCAGACCCCUUUCAAAUUCUUUUCUGGAAAGUAUUUUCUUACAAAGAAAGCAAAAGGCCCAAUUAAAUGAUUAGAUGAAAAAAAACAGAUUUUGUUUUGAUAGAUUUCAUUGUAUGCAAUGUUUGUAUAUCGAGUGUAUGACUUUGUUAUUAUAUAUAUUUAAAAGUUGACAGCAUUUAGUUUGUAUUUAAUCAUUAACAUUAUAUUAUUAUGUAACAAUAAAUCAUUAUAAAGUU